CCAACGUGACGGUGAGUCCACUCCUCCAGUCAGCUGAUAAAAGUCGGCGAUUUAACGACCACAAGUCGAAGUGCUCAGUCAUCUUUGUGUCCGUGAUUCUGUGACUCUCGGACUGUUACGAUGAGGAGCCUGGUCCUGUUCGUGUUCGCCGCGCUGGUUCUGGCCAACGACGCGCUGGUUCGAAUUCCCUUAAAGAAAUUCCGCUCCAUCAGACGUGAGCUGACAGACUCGGGGAGGACCGCAGAGGAGCUCCUGGCCGGCAAACACUCCACUAAGUACAACUUUGGCUUCCCCUCCAGUAAUGCACCCACUCCAGAAACCCUGAAGAACUACCUUGACGCCCAGUAUUACGGUGAGAUUGGCCUGGGGACCCCUGCUCAGCCCUUCACUGUGGUGUUUGAUACGGGCUCCUCCAACCUGUGGGUGCCCUCCGUUCACUGCUCCCUCUUGGACAUCGCGUGCUUGCUUCACCACAAAUAUAAUUCUGCCAAGUCCAGCACGUACGUGAAGAACGGCACCGCCUUUGCAAUCCAGUAUGGAUCUGGCAGUCUGUCGGGCUACCUCAGUCAGGACACAUGCACAAUCGGAGACAUCGCAGUGGAAAAACAGCUUUUCGGAGAGGCCAUCAAGCAGCCCGGUGUGACCUUCAUCGCUGCCAAGUUUGACGGCAUCCUCGGCAUGGCCUACCCACGCAUCUCUGUGGACGGUGUGGCUCCAGUCUUCGACAACAUCAUGAACCAGAAGAAGGUGGAGAAGAACGUCUUCUCCUUCUACCUGAACAGGAACCCCGACACUGAGCCCGGCGGUGAGCUGCUGCUCGGAGGAACCGACCCCAAAUAUUACAGCGGAGACUUCAACUACGUCAACAUCACCCGCCAGGCCUACUGGCAGAUCCACAUGGACGGGAUGUCAGUAGGAACCCAGCUGAGUCUGUGUGGGAGCGGCUGUGAGGCCAUCGUGGACACCGGGACGUCUCUGAUCACCGGGCCCUCGGCGGAGGUCCGGUCCCUGCAGAAAGCCAUCGGAGCCACUCCACUCAUCCAGGGAGAGUACAUGGUGAGCUGUGACAAGGUCCCGACGCUGCCCGUCAUCACCUUCAAAGUUGGCGGACAGUCGUACUCUCUGACCGGAGAGCAGUACAUCCUCAAGGUGAGUCAGGCUGGAAAGACCAUGUGUCUGAGCGGCUUCAUGGGUCUGGACAUCCCCGCCCCCGCCGGGCCCCUGUGGAUUCUGGGAGACGUAUUCAUCGGCCAGUACUACACCGUGUUCGAUCGGGACAACAACCGGGUCGGCUUCGCCAAGUCAAAAUAAGCACAUCCUGCGAUGGAGCAACACGUCCAAGUGCAACGCUUAAAAUCCAAGUAAAUUUGUGCUGCACAUGUUUUCUGUUGCUUUGCAAUCAAACCGUAUUUAGCAAUAGAUUCUGUGUAGAGCCUGAAUGCACUGAUCUGAACUACUUGUACGAUUUUUCGGGUGUGAAACAGGUUUGAUAGGAUGUGUGAGGAGUGAACAUGAUCAGCUGAUUGUGUUGGUCCUGAUUCUUUUAAAACAUCUAAGUGUCUUUUUUUCUUUUUUUUUUUUUUUUAAAUCAGGGAGCCGUUUUAAACAAAAACACUUUUAAUUUGUGUUUCAGGAGGAAGUUGUUCCUCUACUACUGACUUUGUGAUGUAUCUUCAUGUGAUUGGCCUGAAUAAACAGUUUUUAAAACAAA